GGGGCGGGGCUGCGGCGGCGGCGGCGGCAAGGGGGUGAAAUUUCUCGAAGGUGCGGCGGGGCCGGGUAGCGGGACGUGGGUCGGGAGCGGCGGGUCCUCAACGCCGCCAUGAAUCACAAGAGCAAGAAACGGAUCCGCGAGGCGAAGCGCAGCGCCCGGCCCGAGCUGAAGGACUCGUUGGAUUGGACCCGUCACAACUACUGCGAGACCUUCCCGCUCAGCCCUGCUGCGUGCAAGGAUAACGUGGAGCGGGCGGAUGCACUGCAGCUCACCGUGGAGGAGUUUGUGGAGCGUUACGAAAAGCCGUACAAACCCGUGGUCCUGCUGAACGCCCAGGUGGGCUGGUCUGCACAGGAGAAGUGGACUCUGGAGCGGCUGAAACGCAAGUACAGGAACCAGAAGUUCAAAUGCGGGGAGGACAACGACGGUUAUUCAGUGAAGAUGAAGAUGAAAUACUACAUCGAGUACAUGGAGACCACGCGUGAUGACAGCCCGCUGUACAUAUUUGACAGCAGUUAUGGAGAGCAUCCCAAGCGCAGGAAACUCCUGGAGGACUACAAAGUACCCAAGUUCUUCACUGAUGAUCUGUUUCAGUAUGCAGGGGAGAAACGAAGGCCACCUUACAGAUGGUUUGUGAUGGGCCCGCCUCGUUCUGGAACAGGAAUUCACAUCGACCCCUUGGGAACCAGCGCCUGGAACGCCUUGGUGCAGGGACACAAGCGAUGGUGCCUCUUCCCCACCAGCACUCCCAGAGAGCUGAUCAAAGUGACACGGGAGGAGGGAGGCAACCAGCAGGACGAGGCCAUCACGUGGUUCAACGUCAUCUACCCCAGGACGCAGCUUCCCACCUGGCCUCCUGAAUUCAAACCCCUGGAGAUCUUGCAGAAGCCAGGAGAGACUGUUUUUGUACCAGGUGGUUGGUGGCACGUAGUUCUCAACCUGGACACAACGAUUGCCAUCACACAGAACUUUGCCAGCUGUACCAACUUCCCCGUGGUGUGGCACAAAACGGUGAGAGGGAGACCCAAAUUAUCACGGAAGUGGUACAGGAUCCUAAAGCAGGAGCAUCCUGACCUGGCAGCACUGGCUGAUUCGGUUGACCUACAGGAAUCUACUGGUAUUGCUUCUGAUAGCUCGAGUGAUUCUUCCAGCUCCUCGAGCUCCAGCUCCUCCGACUCUGAUUCAGAGUGCGACUCUGGCUCCGAGACAGAGGGGAUGAUGCACCGCAGGAAGAAGAGGAGGACGUGCAGCAUGAUGGGGAACGGCGAUACGACUUCCCAGGACGACUGCGUGAGCAAAGAGCGCAGCUCCUCCAGGAUUAGGGAAUCUUGUGGAGGCCGCAGUUACCCCUGAGAGAUAAAGCACCCACCCAGAGGCAGCUGCCCAUCGGAGCUCCGUUAGCAGCCAGCCAGCUCUGUCCUGCCCCCUUCUGCUCCUGCUCCUCACAAUCCUUGUUGGUCUCUUCCCUUCAGUCCAAACAUCAGUCUUCAUUCUGUGCUGUCCAAGGUUGGCUCCUUACUAACUGAAGGGGGGAUGCCCCGACUCGUGCAAUGCUUUGUCCCCUCUGCGCCCCGAGCGAGUGCACUAAAAGCCCAUCCGUGGCUGUGGACAUGCCAAGUAUUGAAUGGCUUGUGUAACUGGCGAGGAAGACAACGGUCAGUUUUUAAAGAACUUUUUAAAACCAGCAGGUAAACCUAGAAACCUGCCUUGCUUUGAUACUGUCUUAUGUUUACAUGUUGUCCUGUACACUUGAGGAAGGGAACAGCAGCCCUUCGGCCCAGCGGGAUGGCGGCGGAGGUGGGAUGGAUGCUCCAAGCACUGAAGCCACUUCAGUGGAGUUGACUGCCCACCUGAAGCAUCUUUUGUGCUCUUAAUCCACACGUACACGUCUGAAGUGCAUCCUUUUAACCAGCCAUGAUCCAUUUACCUUUGCUCUGUGCAGUGACAGAUGCACUAGCACCUUGCCAUAGGAAUCUCGAUGGAGCCGGAGAAUCCUGGAGUUUCUUGCACAGCAAAAAACAUGAGGGGGAAAAGUCAGCAUUUGCCAGUAAUGACACUCCUUUAGGUGUAGGUGUGAUGUUCAGCACCGGGCAACAACUGACAAAAUCUGACUCUUACGUAGCAACAACAGUUGCUGGGCUUUAAAUACUGAGCAGUUCUGGGGCCGUGGACUUGUUUGGGCCGGUGUGGUUCAUGUGUGUAAAUGGCUUUUCUUUGAGGCUAUGGCUUCAGAAACGUGCAGUGCCAAUUUUAAAGGACUGGGAGGGGGGCGUAUUGUUGUGUGAUGCUUUAUACAAAUGAAAUGUGAUGUUUUUA